AAAGAGGAAAAAAAAAACGUAAAAAAGCGGGAACGCAUGAGCAAUGUUGUUCCUGGUAUAGCUUAGGUCACGUUGAAAACUUGAAUCGCCCCUUUUCAAAUCCCCGUUUAUAUCGUGUCCUUAAAAUUGACCCCACACAUUUUCUGCCAAACAUUUACACAACCAUGUCUGGAGCUGCAGGCGUUCAAGCUCUGAAGAGGAUUCCUCGCAUCAAAUUCCCUCAACGUCAUCCUAAACAAUCUGCUUCUGAUUCUCUUUCCCUGUCAACAGAUGAUGCUUUGAAGGCGUUCCUAUCAAGGUCAGCUUCCAGCAACUCCUCCUUGUCUGCCUCAGGGAAAGCUUCUGAUCAGCCUAAGCGAACACCAGUCUCAAAAGAUGAGAUAGAAGCUAUACUGUUGGGUGGUUGCAUCUAAACUCAUUGAUGUAGUCGAUGGCUAUUCCUUGUAAUAACAUUUUGGUGGAUAUUUGGGUAAAUUUGAUUUCACUUUGAGAUAUUAUUGUUGCUGUUUCAACCUCAGUGAAGGAUAGGCAGCAUUGGUUGGACUGGUCAGUACACAUCAACAAGGUUGAUUCACCAGUUGAUGUAUACCUUACCAUAUGUUUGAAAAUACCAUAUACUGAAUGGAAAUCAUACCAUGAUUGCAAUAUUUUCAACUUCUGAGAUAUUAAGCUAUGUUCAAUAAGUUGCACCUAUUCGUGGUAUUAUGCGAACUAUAUUAUCUUAUACUACAUAUUUUGUUGAUUAUAA